AAUUUACUAGUUGAGUAAAGACUCCUCAAAUAUACAUGAAGGAACAAUCUUAAGGAAUCAUCUAUGCAUAUUUAGGAAAACCUAUAUGCAGAAAGCCAGAGAAUAAAACCAGAACAUCCAUGGCCCCCACACAUCUAGCCUUGAACAAGUACUAUAUAAACAUCCCAACCCGAACAACAAGAACAACUCAUCGACAAAGUAGUAUUCUUCUACAGCAGGCGCAGUUCAACCAGAGCUACUACAUCCCCAAUUCUUUUGUAUUCGAAGUCCUUACAAUCCUCAGAAUGAGCUGGGCAGGAGGAGACUGGAUGUGUGGUGCAUGCCAGCACACGAACUUUAAAAAGCGGGAAGCAUGUCAACUUUGUGGGUAUCCUAAGUAUGGUGGCCCUGAUCCCUCGACAUAUGCAUGCAACAGAACAGAAGUAUUGGCAGGGGACUGGUUUUGCAAUUGUGGAGCUCACAACUAUGCACAGAGACCAAAUUGCUUUAGAUGUGCUGCAUUUAGAAAUGACUACGGUGGUGGGUACAACAUGAUGGCUUCCGGAGGCUGUGGAUCUGAUGGCAGUGCACCACCAGGAUGGAAAGCUGGUGACUGGAUUUGCACUAGAGUUGGAUGUGGAGUGCACAAUUAUGCUAACCGACAGGAAUGUUUUAAAUGCAAAACUCCAAAGGACUACGGUAUGUACUAGUUUUCAAAAUUCAUUAGUUUCCCAACACAACUAAGUGACUCAGAUUAUGAUUGUAAAUGUUGCUUGGUCGCAGGUCUGUAAUGCAUAAUCAGAUGCUGAUGUUUAAGGAAAUGAGGUGCAGAAGACUCCAACAUCUCGGAUCCGUUCUUAAAUCUGUCAAUUAAAUUCCCCCCCCCCCCAAAAAAAAAACACUUUUCUUCUGAGAUAAAUAAGAUUAGGUUGAUCGUGGUUGAAGGCACAUUUUCUCAAUCAUACAACUGUAUCAGGGAGGGGUUCUGAUUAUGUUGCAAGGUGCAACUGAACUAGGAUUUCUCUUCUACUCUCUGUGUUUUACAUUAAUGGAG